UAAGAUGAUUUUGUCUUCCAUUUUCAUAGUUAGAGAGAUAGAAAGCAAAGGUCAAAGGAAAGCAGUUGGCUGGUGUGGGGCGAGGGUUGCUGGUGCUGGAUGGUGUUUAUAUUAGAGCAUGGCAUGGCGUAGGGGUAUGAUUUUCGGCGAAGAAGAAGAGAAACAAGAUUAGAAACUCGUGAUUAUAAGAAUUCUCUUUAAUUCUCUCUUUCUCUGCACCAUCUGCGAAAGAGAGAGGGUAGAAACAGAACUCUGAACCAGAAGCAGCAGGCAGGGUAUUAUCAGUCCUCCUUAAGGAAUUUACAGCAACGUCUCUUCAUUUUCUCGUGAUCUCUCCUCUCUCUCUCUCUAUCAAAACCCAAAAAAGAGAAAGUUCCCUUCUUUGCUUUGAUACACUUCAGAAUCGACACUCUCCUUUGAGCCUCCUUCGCAUGUUCUUGUUAUAUAUACCUCAGCUCCACACUUCCAACAAGGUUUUGUGCAACGACGAGGACUCCAUCAACCGCAUUUUAGAGGGUAGAGUUUAUUAAAGGAGAGGUGUUUUAAGAGGACCCAGUUGGUGAAACGUCGUUUUGAGGUGAAAAGGAGAGAUCUUUUAGGUACUCAGUUGGAUUUUGAAAGGAUUAUAGGAGGUGGAGACGAGAACAACACAUGGGGAGUUGUGGGAGAAGUGGGACUGUGAGGCAGUAUAUAAGAUCAAAGGUUCCUCGCUUGAGAUGGACUCCUGAGCUGCAUCAUUGCUUUGUUCAUGCUAUUGAAAGGCUUGGUGGUCAAGACAAAGCCACGCCUAAACUCGUUCUUCAGUUGAUGGAUGUGAAGGGACUCACCAUUUCACAUGUGAAGAGCCAUCUCCAGAUGUAUCGAAGCAUGAGGAGUGAUCUGGGCAAACAAGAUAAGAGCUCUACCCAUCAAAGGAGACAAUCUUUUGAGGACCAUGAUGGAUGUGUCGAUGAAAUAAAACCCAUUGAAGAAUCAGAUUCUCACUUCAUCUACAGUACUAUCCCUUCAAAAAGAGCAAGAAUCGAGACCAGGAGUUCAAUCUCUGAUCAAAACCUGCAAUGCAGCCAAGGAAUAUGUGAGACAGUCACGAAUCCGUACUCUCUUGAUGAUUAUAUGAGAAUGAAAGAGGGUAAUGGUGGUGGUUUCAGAUGGGAACAGACCCAUUCUAAGCCCGAACCCACAGCCUUUUCUCUGCCACAUGAUCUUUGCAGCCUCAACACCUUCAAUUAUGCAGUGGAAGAAUCUGAUUUCCUCAAGAUUGCCAAGCAAGAGCAAGGAAAGUGCAAACUGGAAUCACAUAUAUGGAAACCUGAGGCUACUAGAAGCAGAAGACGUAGAAGAGAAGAUGAAGAAGAGGGCCGCGGUGGCAGCGGCAGCGGCUGCUGUGAGUUGUCAUUAUCACUGUCGUUGCCUUGUCCAUCGUCAUGUACGAGUGAGAUGAGCGAGGCAUUCUCGUCGUAUGUCUCUAGGUCCAUUUUCAAAGAUUGUUCUGGGUCUGCAUCAGGAAAACGUAGUGUCAACUUAGAUCUAUCUAUUGCUCUUUGUGGUACUUAAUGUAAAGAAAAUUCAUCUGUUUUUGUAGAAGACUAGAAGUUUUGUAAUUUUUCUGUAAUCUUUGAACUAUUUCUUAGUCCAUUAAUUAAUUUUUAGUCCUCUUUUAGAUUUUA